AAUUUUCAGCAGGGGAGUAAACGAAAUAAAAGCACACGCAAGCACUUAAACACUCACUGUGAGUAGCACGAGGCUAGCGCAGGAACUCAGUGCAGUUACUGCAGUGCUUUAUGUCCGCAGGGGGCGCCAAUGAUUCGCUGACUCUCAUUAACCGCAAUGAAGAAGAGCUGCAUCAUCAUCAUCAUCAUCAUCAUCACGUGCUUCACACUGAUCACGAUCGAGCUGAGAGCAGAAAACAUCAUGAAGAACAUCCAGCAGAUCCUCCAGAGAAACCCUGCACAGGGGGCGCUGUGUUUUUCCAGCUCUCGCCCAGCAGGACUGAUGCAGAUCAGGGCUGGUUUGGGUUUUCGGGCUCGUCCUCAGUUUAGACCUGAUGAAGACGCUCUGCUGCAGGCCAUCAGGAGCUUACACCACCGGCCUGAAGGAGGGGCCAGCACACACCAGACUCACCGCUUCACCAGCAGCAGAAAGAAAAUCACCCAGAGUGGGUCAACAUUACCCAGAGCCCAUAGUAACCCUCAGCGCUUCACUAUUAACACUAGCGGAUCAACACGUCUGUUCAACACCAGCAGCUCAACGCUAACCAGACCAGCACAGGCUAGCACAGAGAGACAGCAGUCCUGCAGUGAAGCGUCUGAAGAAGCUCCUACACACACUUCUGCUUCAGCCAGCAAGAUCUUCUUUUCUGAUCAGGAUGAGAUUCCAGGUUUGGGUGAUGAAGAGGAGGCUCUGACACCAAUACAGACCAUCAGACGCAGAGCUCAGGAGAUGGAGGAGCUGUACAGACAGGACUGCAGGACUCUGGGAACGGUGGUGAAGAUGCUGAUCUCCAAACAUCCAGCCCUGCAACAGAAGCUCCAGAUCGCCAUGAUAGAGAUCCUGCUGGAUAUCAAGAGGAAGAACCUGGAAAAACUCAGUCUGUUCAUCUCCGAGUCAAACGUAUCGGCUAAACCAUAAUCUAGAAACACAAUAUACGACUAUACAGAAGCAGCGUUGGUGGAGUUCACUGUGUUUUCUGUAGCGACGUUCACUUGUUCAAUGUUGUAUCUGUGCAUGAUAAACUUUUGUAUUAAAGUCAUUAAGCUAAAAGUGC